UGACAAAUGUUUGUUGUUGUUCUGACAAAUUCAAAACAACUUUGUUUAAAUAUACUUAAAAAUAUGCUUGUGCUUCUUAUAAGUGGUUUAGACUGCUGCAUUGGUGAAAUCCCCAUCUGACUGUAAUGUUUGAAAGACGUUUCCUCAUUCCAGGUAAUUUUCUGGUUUACAAACUGAGUCAGUUUCUGUGUGUGGAAAAAAAAACAUCAGACAAAAGGACAGAGAGUGAAAGAGAGGCUGUCUUUGGAAGUACAGGUGUUCGUGUUCUCAGUGAUUUCUGCCUUUGUGCAGAGACACACAUUCAUCAUGUCGCUCUCUGUGACAUCGUUGGUGCUGCUGAUGGUUUGCGGCACUCAGGCUUCACAUUUUUUAGGCACAGUCAUGACCUACUACCCAAAGGACACUUUUGCAAAUGGAUCUGUCACAGUAACACUUCGGUAUAAGCUGAACUUCCAUGGCUGCACAGCUGAUAACUGGCUGUGCCUCAGUGGUGACUGUGGGACUGAAACCCACACACUAUAUGUGGUAAAACAGGAGAGCAGUGGAGACUGGUGUCAGAGAGAGGGAAUCAUGACUCGACAGGUUUCCAGCAACGCUCCGUUUGAGCUUUGGUUGAAUAGUGCUGCCUGGAUAUCAAACAUCAAUAACAUUGUAUCAUGGAGAGCUGUGACUCGGGUGGAACUGAGGAACCGCUCUGACACCGGCAAAGCCAACACAUCACCUCAGACCACCAUCCUACCAGCUGUGAGAGUUCCUUCAAACUGUCAGAGAGAUUUCAGCCUGUUGAUGUUUGACCCUGAUGGAGACAAAGUUAAAUGCAGAUAUGGAAACUCCUCACUCUCAGAGUGUAACCCCUGCACUCCACCGUCUGUCCUCAGCCUCUCAUCGUCCUCUUGUACUCUGUCAUUCAGCCCCACCAGCAGCAGUAAUGAAGGUUCGUAUGUAGUACAACUGGUGAUGGAGGACUUCCCCAGACAGACCAUCACUCUGACUCAAACCAACGGGACACAAACAACAAUAACUACCAACGAUGCCAUCAGCAAAAUACCGAUUCAGUUUGCUUUGAAAGUUGAUCCUGCAGUACCAUCCUGCACAGAAGGACUCUUUCUGCCCACGUUUCUUCCUCCAACACCAGCCAACAGAGCUCAGCUCUACAACAAUGUCAGUCAGACUCUGGAAAUUAACAUCACUGCAGAGGCACUUAACUCCACGAUCUCUGAGCUGCUCUACAGCGGGCCGUACAGUUUAAUCAGCAGUACAUCAGGACCAGGACAGUUCACCCUGAGAUGGACAUCAUCUGAAAGCGAAGGCGGACAAAGCCUCCCCAUCUGUUUUGUUGUCCAGGCAGUUUUCAAUGGAACCAAGUAUCACUCAGAGCUUCGAUGUGUCACUGUGACUGUAGCAAAUAGACCAAUAAUAACAACAACUACUACUGUACCUGCAACAACUACUACCAAUACUCCAAGCACAACUCUUCCUACAUCAACUACACCCAGUGAACCAUCUUAUGUUGCAGUUUUUCAAAUGAAAAUUACCUCUUUGGUGGACUUGUCUAAAAUUGAUAGAGAUACCUUCCUUACACAGAUCAAAAAUUUGCUGAUAUCCAAAGGGCUGCCCCAACACAUGAUCGUCCGACUCAUAAGCAGCAAACCACAGAUUGGUCCAACUGCAGCGCCCUCUACUGGCACAACAUGAACAUCUACUGACAGCUUCAAGAGCUUUUUCAUUUCAGCUGCUGAAUGAAGUUUUGGCUUCACUGCUAUUUAACAAACAUUUGUAAUAAUUAAGUUCACUUCUCAAGAGCAGCUUUUAAAAGCAACACGUUAGCCUGACUCUCCAGUGCUAUAAUCUGAAAUGAUUUAAUUUGUGCUUAGAAAUUGUUAGAUUAAAUGUUAUUUUUGGUGUGACUAUCCUUAGUCUAGCACCGAUACACUGAUUGAUUAUCAACAACUGGAAAACACGAAGAACAGCUCAGAUAAAAUAAUUAUAGUGGAAGAUUUUAACAUUAAUUGAUGUUGAUAAUGACAGCCUCACUUUCUGAAAAUUGUUAAAUACCCCAAUUCUUUGAUCUUUCAGCUGAAGGAAGAACAACACUCGCUGUAUAAAUGCUCAAUCAACAUUCUCUAUUAUUCCAUACAAUUCUCUUUAUUCCAUACAACACUUUGAGCAUAAACGUCCAGACGGGAGAUGUGGACAGGAGGGUGUCCGCCAGAUCUCGAAUGUCUGACCGUUUCUCACAUUCUUUUAGCUUCAGCCCCCCUCCAAAGUCAUAAAACCUAAACUUCCACAUUCUUUCUCUCUCAGUGAGCCUAAGUUAUGACCUUGGCUUCCUGUGCAGUAUGUUCUGUUCUUUCUAAUCAGACAAAUAAGGCCAUGAUCUUCUGAAAACAGUAUUUCUGAUAAAUCAGCAGUAUAAUGCAUCAUAAAACAGUGUAAUGAUUUCACAAUAUUUAAUCCAAGGCAUAAUGUGGCCUAUAGCCGUAUAAUGAUUCAACAAUUCUUUGAUUCGAAGUAUAAGGUGGCAUAAGAUAGUAUAAUAAGCUCACAAAAUGCUGUAACAACAUUUAAACAAGUGCUGAAACAGUGAAGAAAGCAGGAGCAAGCCUCGGUUGGCUUAACAGAGCUCUGACAGCGAAAAUCUCUGUUUAAAAAGUUGCUGCUUCAUGCAUAUUCGAAUUGUAACAUUAACUUUCCAAAACUGCAGGUAUUGACUUUGUUGUGUGGAGGGAAAGUUUUAGAUGCAAAAAGAUGAUGAUAUGAUAAGAAGUUGUAUUUUAAAUAGUGUAUAUAUUAUAUUAGAAAUAUAUUAGUUGUUAUUAUUGAGGUUUAUAUUGGUAAAGAAGCUGAAUAAUGAUAAUAUUAACUAUAUUAACUGAUAAUUUAUGGUAAAGGGGUGGGAUUAAAUAAGUGUGCACUUCUUUCCACUACUUUUUGAUAUGUAACCAAAUCCUGUGUAAUAAAUUACAAUCUAUAACA